CUUCUCCCUCAAACCACUAAAACUUGAGAGAGAGAGAGAAGAGAGAUGGAAAGAAGAGGCCACAUUGUUGCUUUCCUGCUAAUAGUGCUAGCAAUGGCUAUGGCUAUGGCUAUGGUUGUGAGGAGCCAAGAUGAACCAGCUAUGGCUAUGGUUGUGAGGAGCCAAGAUGAACCAGACUGCGAGAACGAUAUAAAUGAAUUAACCAGUCAAUGCCUCGAAUACGUGAAAAAAGACGGACCGCAAUUGCCACCAUCGGGAAGGUGCUGCUCAGCAGUGCAGGCUGCAAACAUGCCGUGUGUCUGCAAGCACGUCACGAAGGAAAUCGAGCAGUAUAUUAGCGUGACUAAGGUCAUCUAUGUUGCCAAACACUGCAACAGGCCACUUCCCUCUGGCACCAAAUGUGGAAGUGUCGUUAUUCCUAGCUAGAAGGAUGGUGAAGCAAGGACUCAACAUCGCAAAAGUUAUUAUUUUCAUAGAAUAAAUCAUUCAUAUGAAUAACAAUGUCCUUACACUCCUUGUUUUUUCUUGUAGUUUCUGCCAUAAUAUUAUUAUCCAUCAAUAAAAUCCUCAGGCCAUUCUCUUGUCUCA